CAGCAUAAUGCGUUUUGAGUUUUCGACCACGAGUUUAGUCGUUUAUUUUAUAAAAAUAAAGGAAGAACACAUUUAAUGGCUCGAAAACGAAAGAUUCCCGUGCGCAAGCACCACGGUAUCCGAGAUCCUCUCAAGCAGCAGGAACAGAAGGAGAAAAAACUUUCCAAAGUAACCAACAAUCCGCCUGUGAGAAAGGACGAGCAGCAGGUGUCUUUCAAGUUCCGGCAGUUCCAGCAGCUGGCCGAUGCUACAAAAACGGGAAAGAAACUGAAUCUGGGUGAAAUUGGUCGAGAGGAUAGACCAAAAUCUUCUCCAGGUGUCAAAACCAGUACCUCCAAGGAAACGCGUAACAUCAAGCAGUUUGCCAACGAGACGGAUGAGGAUUAUCUGCGUCGUGUGAACCGCAUUACCAGUGCAUCCGUACGGGAAGCCCACUACGAGGCCAAGUAUGGAGUAAAUGUGAUAAGGAACCCCAAAACCGGUGAGAUUACUGUUCAAAAGAGGCCCAAAAACGAGAUUGAUGAGCUACUCAAACAGAAGCAAAAGGAGCAACGUUUGGCUGGCAAGAAGGGUCGUAAGAAGACUCAAAUCGUACAAAAAUCAACUAUGGAUGCCAAAACUAGUCGGGAAUUAAUCAAAAGAGCGUACAAGGAGGCCCAACAAGAGGUCGACACCGAGGAGAAGCAAAAAGCGGGGCCAACGGAAUACAAACAUGAUGUUGUAGCAUUUGGAGAGGUUGUCCAUGCACCACCUUCCCUUAAAAUUCUGCCACGCAAGGCGGAAAAAAGUGAGACAGUGCCCCGACCAGGGCGCAAGGCCAAUCUCCUUCUCAAAUCUAUGCUAGAUGCGAAAAAAUUCCCGAAUUCAGAGCAGGAACCGGAAGAAAGUAGUCUGACAAAGUUGUCAGCUAAAUCGAAGAGCUUGUUUAAAACGCCCACCAAGGCGCAGAUGAAGGGCAAGCGGAAAGAUCUGCCCUUGGCCACAAGAUCUAUGCUCGAAUCGGAGCGCAAUAAAAUGGUUUUACUGUACCGCCAGCUAAAGAACAAGACGACAGCGGAUGCCUAAAAGAACUUAGACUAUUUUUCCAACACAAAACUUUUUUUUAACUAUAGAAAUAUUAUGGUUAGUGACUGAUGUUAAAUAAAUACAUUUGUUAUUUACUGAA